GCCAGGCCCCAGCUCAGUUAAACAAGUGAAACUGGAGAGAGAGGUUGUAAAGUAGAAACAUUCUAAUUCAGGCUUUCAUCCAUUCAUCCAAUUCAGUUCAAUAUGACAGUUUACGAUGAAAAUUUACAGGAGGUGAUGGGUGAGAUGUCCCUGUCAAAGGUUGAGAAGCAGACCUUCACUAGGAUCAGGGUCGAGGUCAUUGACCAGGUGGUCGAGGUCAUGAAGGAGGAUAGAGACUUCAGUGAGAUGUUUAAGAAGAUUCACUAUGGAGGAAGUCAGUAUGAGAAGCUGAAGACCGGAAGGAAGCAAGAGUGUGACCUCAACCUUGUGUUCCGUACUCCCGAGGAUAUCAGGAUUACUAAAAGAGAAGACAAGAAGCCUCACUUCAUGAGAUUAGAAACCUCAGAUCCGUCCUUUCAAAGAAUCAAGAGAAGCAAGAACAUUCUCAACCCUGUAGAUGCCUUUCAGGUCCUCCAGAGAGCAGCAGACCGGGCUCUAGCUAAGCUUGAAAACCAUGUCUUGCUAGAUGAUGGACAAGUGGUUGAAGUAACCAGAUCUAUAAACAAUCCUUACACCCUCAACAUUACUCCAACCUGGGGAGGAAUAUGUACGGAUAGAAUGGAGAUAGAUAUGGUUCCAGCAUUCGAGAUUCCGAUUAGUAUCCUUCCAGAUGCAACCAGGAACAGGGUUCUCCAGGUCCAGGAGAGGGUUGGGAUUGUCGAGGAGAAAUGUUUAGCGGUCGCUUUACCAGUUGUAAACAAGGAACUAUUCCAGAUUGAUUUCCCUCAAAUGGCUCGGAAAAUGAUGGCAGGGAAACCGAGCCUAAAAGCUUCAAUUCGUCUGCUGAAGCAUGAGAGGGAUAUAAAGGGUGGUCCGUUCGCCAAGAUUUGGUCCUACGCGAUCAAGAAUGCCGGCCUUUGGGAGGUCUUCAAGUUCCCAGACGAGAGCUACUGGGCUCCCUGUAAUCUGGAGAACCGAUAUUUUGAUGUUCGGGAUGCGCUCGCGGAUUAUCUGGAGGAUGAUAAACUCCCGGAUUUAUUCUUCCCGGAUCUGAAUAUAAUGAAUAGGAUCUGUAGCAUCAAGGUGAAGACGGAUACAGGGAAGUAUCUGAGAAGAACCAACCCUGAUGACAUAGAGAAAAGAUAUCCAUGUGAAGAGAAUAAAUGCCGAAAAAUCUUCUCUACUGUUAACGGAAGUCUAGAUCAUGCUAAAGCUGUGCACGGUCAGGAUGGGAAGAAAAAGCAGAAGAAUAAAAGGAAGGGGAGGAAGGCGAUAAUGGACAGGGAGGAGAACGAGGAGAGGGUUCUCCAGUGCCCUCUGAAUAUCUGUGAGAGAAAGUUCUUCAACAGUCACGGAGCUGCACAACAUGCCGUGGAUUCUCACAGGGUUGAGGCGGACCGAGAUAAAGUAUGGCCGAAGUAUCUAAGGUCGAAAGGAUUGAUACCCUGCGGAUUUUGCGUCUGCGGCGGAGGAAAAGUUAGAGGGUUCGGAGACCAAACUGCGUAUGCACAACAUUGUUCAGCUAGGAUGCAUUAGAUGUACAGUAUGUAGACAUCUAUGAUCAUGCAUUAAACUUCUAUGAUGCGUUAAAUGUACAUUAGCCAUUUAAUGUUCUUUGUUUUUAUGCACAGGUUUUUGAUGUACACUUUGAUUUUUAGGUUUACUUUUAUAAUUAUCAUAAAUUUUGCAGUAAUGAUUCAUCUACUAGUUUUACAGCUAUAUACACUGUACAGUUUGAUUAUUGAUUUAUUUUCAUGCGCCAUCUUUGCAGCAAUGUACACUUGUAUAUAGCUUCGUAAUGUACAGUUUGAUUUUUUGAUUUAUUUGUAUGCCACCAUUUUUACAGCAAUGUAAUUGUACAUACAGUUACUAACAAUAAUCAUAUUUUUUCUUGCAAAUAACAACAUAUAUGUAAUUUUAU